AUGACUGACACUGUCGACCCGGCUGCCCUGAAGCAGCUCAGACCUCCACACAGCAGUUUGUUCCUGGGCCUCUUUCAUAAUCUCCCUCCAACCUUUGAACUGAGGCUGACAGCAGGAUGUAUUUUUGUUGCACUGUGUAUCCUCGGUGGAGUGUUCUCUUCUUACUUCCGUUGCUCAGUCCUCCUGAUGUUUCCCAGCAUGCUUGGCUCUCGUGGGCGGGCCUAUGUGAUGGUCUUCAUCCUCUCUGCACUCUCCAGUGGCCCGCUUGCCAAUAUCCAGAGAAAUGUCCAGGACCUGUCUCUCUCUCUGGCCUGUAACCUGGACCUGCAGGUCCAACACAGCAAGACCAUGUGGAGGGCCGCACUGCAGCCUUUCAUACAGGUGGCCCAGGACAUAGUGGACGACAGCACUAAGUUCCAGCAGGAAGCCAGGAACAUCAGCAGGAAGUUCCAAAACAUCCGAGAUGAGGUGAUUGGUCAGUACGGCUACGACCGUUUCAGACCGCAGCCCACGGGCAACAACACACAGGACCAGUUUACUGCUAAAACUAUGAUGCAGUGUGACACGGUGGUGGAACAGGGGAUCGGACGCUGUAAAGAGUGGUUCGAGGUGAGAUGGCAGCGAUGUAUGGAUGCAGUGAAGGUUCCAGUCAUCAGCCACAUCCUGUGUGUCUCCAUGAGGUUCCACUUCCUCUGUGAUAUCAUGAGAGUCAUGACUCGCUGGUGCAGGGAGGAAAUCCCCGUGGAGGGAAACUUUGGACAAACGUUUGAUAAACUCAACCACUCCAUUGACAUGCUGUCUAGAGAGUUCACCACUGAACUGUUUCUCCAGGUACAAACCCCACUCCUUACCGAGGAGCAGCAGUCUGUAGUGGGAGCAUCUAUCCUGCAGGAGGAAUUCAGACAGAGCUUGAGGAGAACCUUCCAGGAGGUCCAGACUGUGACAGACCAGCUGCUGGAGAUCCUUCAGCUCCUCCUCUCUUUCACAUUCAUCACCAUCUUCACCACGGCAUUUGGUUAUAGCAGACAGUACAGCCAGGACCUUCACUUCGACAACAUCUACAUCACCACUUACUUCAGACAAAUCGAUAAUCGCAGGAAGUCGUCGGGUAAACGCUACUUGUUGCCUCUGAGGAGAUCAGAGCGGAGUCACUUCAUCGACCCCUGGAGUCCUUCCAUCCAUCCCAGUGAACUCAAACCAAUGGUGGUAGGUGUGUUGCGGGCUGUGUCUCUGGCUGUUCUGGUGUGUGUCUUCCUGGCUGUAGACCUGACGCUGUACCACAUGAUGGAUGUCAUCCACAGGCACACGUACUCAGAGUUCAACCUGACCAGUAAAACCACACAAACGCACACACUUCUCAAGUUGUGUCUUUCUUUAGGUAGUCACCAAGUAGACAUAAAGGUGGACGGAGACUCCUUGAUGGCCAGACUGCUGAGGAAGACCAUUGCAGCCUUCAACAGCUCUUCCCAUUUUGACAUGCAGACAACCAAUCAGAAUUGUUUGGUCCAGCCAACUGUUAUGACGACAAAGCAAUAUUUAUGCAGUACUCUUCCCGUCCUGCUGAUGGUGCUCAUGUGCUUCCUGCAGGUGUAUAGUAAUCGCCUGCACCGCGUCAUCGCUGCCUUCUAUUUCCCCAAGAGAGAAAAGAAGCGGAUCUUGUUUCUUUAUAAUCUUCACAUCCAGAGGCAGAUCCACUCCUCCACCAGAAAGCCCCGCCCCCUCGCCACCAUGGUGCGUUACCAAGCAACAACUGUCUAACUGUCAGUCUGACUGUGUGUCUGUGGCUGUCCGUGUGGUUGAAUGUCUGUCUCUAGUGUUGUCUUGUUGAAAUGACCUGUUACCAAGUUAGAUCAAAAUGGUUGCUCUUCCUGUCUGGGUGUAGGUGUGGUGGGCAUGGUUGGGGUUUAGGUACUGUUGUAUUUGUGG